UGUCACUUUGAUUUCCUGAGUUGCUCAACCUCCCUGCGUCGGGGUAACAUAGUGGUGAAAUAGUGCAGCAGGCAUCUGGCUCAGGACAGUAACAGGGCUCUCUCCUACUGAACACACCAGAGCGUAGCCAUGUUGACGGGGCCACUGUGGAGCGUCCUCCUGCUCCUGUCCAUCCCAGAGGUGUGCAUGCAGGAGGUGGACUACGGGGACUAUGAAGACAGCGAUCCUCUAUGCUCCACUGAAGAGACCAUCAGAGGGGGCCAUGUGUCCUACUCACAGGGAGGGUUGUAUGGGAGUGUGCUGACCUAUCACUGUGCCCACGGAUACGACCCUUUCCCUGUUAGCCAUAGGCUAUGUGAUGAUGAGGGGGAUUGGUCAACCAUGACAUCAGCGAAUGGCAGACUAGUGACACGGGCAACAUGCAAAGAGAGAGUGUGUCCCGGCCAGCUCCAGCUGGAUAAUGGGGACUUCUGGCCGAGGGACCAGUGGUUCCGUCCAGGGACUAUGCAGAACUUUUCCUGCCUUGGAGGGUUGACCCUCUCUGGCUCAGCAAGCAGGACCUGCACCGUCUCUCUGGAGUGGACCGGAACCAGCCCUAUUUGUGACAACAAUGAUGUAGUUGAUGCCUGCAACGACCCAGGCGUCCCAGCGGGGGCCUUGAGGUCAGGGUCACGGUUCCAGGUGGGGGACACACUGACCUAUCGUUGCCAGGCAGGUCUGGACCUGCUGGGUUCGAGCCAGCGUGUCUGUCUCUUUAGCAGGGAGUGGACCGGCUCAGCCCCACGAUGCCAGGCCUACAAUGGCUUCGACAGCCCCAGUACCGUGGCAGCCUUAAUGAUCGGCUCCCUGUCAGGGGUUAUUGAAGCUCUUCCACCAGAGAUCCCCCCCCCACAAAGCGUCCUUCAAGAGGGCUACGGGCGAAUGAUUAUCGUUGAGGAUCACAGUCGGUUGAACAUCUACAUCUUACUGGACACAUCCGGCAGCCUGGUCGAAGACUUCGACAAAGUCAGACAGUCUGCUAUCAGUCUCAUCAGGAAGCUGGACAGCUUUGAUGUCCAGAUGAAGAUCCAUGUGGUUUCUUACGCCAGCGAGGCUAUAGACAUUGUGACCAUCAUAGAUACCUUCAUAAGUGCCAAUGCUCAACUAGUCAUUGAGGAAAUAGAGAAGUUUGACCCCAAAGAUCACGGGGACAAAAUAGGGACCAAUCUCUUUGCAGGACUGCAUAGAGUAGAUGAGAUGAUGGCUUUACUGAAGUUAGGCCGAGAGGAUAAUCAUUUUAUGGAGACACAGAAUGUUAUUCUCAUAAUAACAGAUGGUAAUUCCAACACUGGUCCCGAACCCCAGAUUGCCCUUGCCAAAAUACGAUCCCAUUUUGGCGGCCACACCUUGGAGGAACUGCUCGACGUGUACGUGUUUGGUGUCGGAAAGGGGAUUAACAAAAAAAAGCUGAAUGACAUCGCCUCACACAAGCAGAACGAGGAACAUAUCUUCAUUCUGGAAGACCUCCAGUGUCUGGGAGAAGCCUUUAACCAGAUGAUCAAAAUCAAGACGACGACCAAGUGUGGGGUGGCACAGGAAGAGCUUGACAGCGAUGAUCCCAAAGUAUACGGGCAAUACACCAGGCCAUGGCACGUCGCUCUUAAAAUCCUUGCAUCCGAUCUGAGCAGAGAGGAAAAAUGCUACGGAUCCGUUGUGAGCCCAAACUGGAUCCUGACCGCGGCCCACUGCUUCGCCCGGCACAGUGUAGCGGUACGGAGGCAAAAGAUAGAAGUCACUCACGGUGGUCAACAGCAAACGAUGGAUGGUCAGAUUUUCAUCCACCCAGAUUUCAACGUCAAAGGCCUCAAGCACAGAAAUGUGUCAGAGUUCUACGACUUUGACGUGGCUCUGGUGCAGCUGAACACCAGCGUCCCCCUUCUGUCAGAGGCCAGACCCGUCUGCCUGCCGUGUACUACGGCCGCCGACCGAGCCAUGAAGCGAGUCAAAUCCACAUGCCAGCAGCACAGAAAGGAAUUACUACCAGGCAGUGAAACUAACGCAUCCUUCAUCGACCGAACCUCGAAACGUGUGGAAACCCUGAUUCAUCUUGGAGAGCAGAGGCAAGCAUGCGUGUCCAAAGCUGCCUGGGAACUGAAAGACGCCCACAACGUGACAUUGGAUGAGCUAGUACCCGAGCGGUUCCUCUGUACUGGAGGCCCAUCCAGGUCCGGAACCUGGAAGGGCCCUGUCAGCUGCAAAGGCGAUUCCGGUGGUUCACUCUUCUUGAAGAAAAGGGAGCGCUACUUUCAGGUGGGGGUAUUGAGUUGGGGUACCGUAGACCGGUGUUCUGGCAACGGUCGUGGGCGUCCUGCUGCCGAUGCGCGUGACUUCCACAUCAGCCUUUUCACCAUUGUGCCGUGGUUAAAGCAGCACCUGGGCCAGGAGCUAGAGUUCCUGCCUCUGGGAGACUGAGGGCUGUCGUUCUCUGGCCUGUGGCCCUAUGCCAGCAGCCAUCAGCCUUGUUGCUUCAGCAUGUAUGAAGAACAGAUAACCCUGCUGCCCUACUUUUCUUUCCAUUUGGGUGUAAUGUGCAAAACCGCUCCCCGUCACAGUAACUCAUUAAUAUCCAAUAUGUCUUCGAGACGAUGGAUACGUAUUCUGUAUGUGCAUACCUUUGCUUUUGUUUUCUUAUUUUCUUAUUAAAAUAAAAACUCUACUACUGUACUAUUUAGGGGAGCGCAUUUGGUGAAGGAAUUUAAAUUGAAUUGUGUUCUGUUUCACAAAAGGCUGAGUGAAAUUAACUGAUUGGUUCAAAAACAAAGAAAGAAAAAAAGUAAUACGCAAAAUCCAUAUGAUUAAAUACAUGAACAAAUACAAAUCAUACAUUUAGUAUUUUUCUACUGAGAAAUCAAACACUUUAUUACAUAACACCCAUCCCUUUAAAAAACUGUUUUGAUAAUCAUUUCUAAAGCUUAGCUUGUUAAAUCUGUGUCAAUACAGUAUAUAUAGGGCCAUCUAACCGACCGCCACUGGUGCAAUAUCAAUUAAAAAGGAAAAGAAUAGAAGCCUUUGAGUCUCACAACAAAGCUUUCCAUCCUUGACGGAUGGUCUCUUCUUCAGAAGCAAUAGGAAGGUUCACUGAUAGCGAGCCAUGGGAUGGUUGGUCCACGGAGGUAGCUUGGACAGCUCCUCCUCAGUGGCGGCCUCUAUGGGCCAGCCCCAGGCCUUGAAGAAGGCACACAUGUUGUGCUCCACGGCCAGGGAGAAGGUCUUGGUGUACAGGUUCAUCUUGCCCUUGUUGUCCCCGGCCACGUCGCUCAUGUCGUGGUAGGCGGCGAACACUUUCUUAAAGGCUGCCCAGCCGAACGCCUCCUGGAGCUGAGGUAGUGAGAGCAAGUGACAUAUAGAUGGAGGGUAGACCAUAUGUAGGGGCCAGUGAGUCCUAAUUUGGAUGCCCGGUGAAGCCAGCGAUCUGUUAUUGCUGAGUACUAAAAUGUAUGGAUUGAAGGGUGGAGAUGGCUAUGAGAUGAAUAUAAAACUAAUCAAAAUCAUGAGCAUGAGUCCUCAUCUCACCUGUAGGUAUGUUUCCAAGGCCACCCACAUAGUCCAGCUCCCAAGGUUUCUACCUCCCUUGACGUACUCUUCUUGGCGAGACAACCGAGAUGCAGGCUUCAAAUUUGGAUGUGCCUGCAAGGUAUGCAACAGAGCAUCUUUAACGUUACAAUGUAUACGUAAUAGUUUGCCAUUGAAGGCUGUGUUGAACGUCCAUUACAGCUGCAGUGCCCUGCAUCCUGUCAGUUAUUUUCUAGAAUUGUUUCAUCCUGACUGGUAUUCUUUGUUUUCGGUGUUAAUGGCUUUUUGGAGUUGUGAAUUUUUCACAAUUCCAAAAAGUGCGGGGUCGGAUAUGGACUUGCAAUUUAAUAUUGUAGCGACCACAAGUGUGGACGCCGUUUGGAUGCGCAAGGGAUUCUUGGGGUUUAACUAUCCUUGGGGUUUGGACCCUUUCGGGGACCCCCUGGGUUACCUUGUAGUUGUUGGGUUAAGUGGGCAUAAUGGUUUGGAGUUGUUGGUGCGUAAUUGUGUGUUCCGUUGUAGUGUUAUGUGCAUUGUUGUCGCCACCGUUAUUGUGAAUGUCAUGUUUGUUUGUUUGGUGCGCCAUUUUCUAUGCAUAAGAUAGGUGGAUAAUUAAGGCAGUCCAUAGUCAUGCGGUGCAUGGGGCGCGGAACUGCAUACUUCCUUAAACCUUGGCUCCCGUCUCAUCUUUCCGUGCUGCUCACCACAAUAUGUGUUAAUUUAGUGUAUAACCCCAUUCAUAUCAGAAUAGUUUUCAAUACCGUAGAAUGAGCCUUUUAUAUCUACAAAGGGAGUGGGUCCUCCCUUUGAACAUACCUUGACGCAUCCUUGUAAUGGAUGCUAGGUGUGGGCACUAUAAGUCCCGCUCUAUGUGUGCUGUGCAUUUAUCAGCGAUCAAUACUAU